AUGGAAGGAGAGUCGGAAAAUGCGCCGCCGCAGAGGCAGGAGCCGCCUGUGUUCAAAGCCCCAAGGCUGGUCUCGCGCCCAAAGCCCCCGGUGCAACAAGAGGAGGAGAUGGGCUCUGAGAUCAAGCUGGGCGACUUUGAAGAUGUCCAUGCUCUGUCCGUCUCCGAAGCGCGCGCCGUCGUCACAGCCGUCCACGAGGCACGAAAGAAGAAGGACCCCGAGAACAACCCGCUGCGCGACCGGAUAUACAACGACAGCAUAACCAUCACGCAGUUUCUCGAUUACCUCGACAACUUCGCCCGGUACAAGGAAGAAGACAGUCUGCACUCGAUUGCUGCCCUCUUCGAUGCCCACCCAGAGAUCUCCGUUGUCGAGAAGGCGCUGCUGGGAACGCUGACUCCGGAUACCGCCGAGGAAGCCACUACGCUCAUUCCCUCGCUCAACAUGGACGAGGAAGAGCUCCAGUUGAUUCUGGACGAGCUGAACAAAAUGCGCUUUACUUCUUUUCUGCUCGGUCACGGUCGCUUCUCCGCCGCUGUCCAGGACUCUACACCACCUGAAUCUGACGACGAGCUUGAAACUGAAGCCUCCAGGAAGCGUCGUUUACAACAAGAGCUUAGGCGCACUCGUCAGGUAUCUCGUAUCUACAGUACCGUCCUAACACGCAAAGACACUGAACAGACUCUGGGAACGCUAAAGCAACUCGAAUCCGACAUCGAUGCUCAGAUCGAGAGCUUCCACGACAUGGGUGUUGCGUCUCAGAAGAAGCGUAAAGAGAUAAUUGACGAAUUCACUACGCGUGGUCAGUUCGUCCUUCAAAAUGGUAUCAAGGUGUUAGAGCGGUUCGGAGAUGCUCAAGGGCUGGUGCGGGUUCUUCUUGGAGCGUUCACGGAAUUGAAUAAGGGUGUACGGGAUGUCGUGGCGGUUUAUCAACGGCAAAUCAAGAAGCCGUUGGGUGAUGCAAUCAAGGAAAUCGGGAAGGCGCUCCGUAGAAAAGAUGACUGGACUGAUCUG